AUGUCUGUGUUUCGCUAUCCAAAUAUUGAAAGUUAUUGGUCGAAACACUCACUUGAAUCUGUUAGAGUUGCGAUGCCAUCAAAACGAUUUUAUGAAAUCAAGAAAUACCUGCACUUCAAUGACAGUUCGUGUAUGAAGAAAAAGGGUGAGGAAGGGUACGAUCAGCUCUACAAAGUUCGUCCACUCAUAGAUACAUUAAAUGAACGCUUUAAUUCUGUACCCAAAUCACCAAGGCUAUGUAUUGACGAGCAAAUGUGUCCCACAAAGAUGAUAACAAACUUACGUCAAUAUAUGCCAGAUAAAACUCACAAAUAUGGUGUUAAGCUUUUUGUGUUAUGUGACUCAUAUGGGUUUUCGUAUAAUUUUGAAGUCUACAGAGGUGCUGGUGAGAAUGAUGUUGUAGCAGAUGCACCUGACUUGGGAGCAACCGGAAACGUUGUCGUCCGCUUAACACAAACCGUGCCCAACUUUAAAAAUCACAUAGUAUACUUUGAUAAUUUCUAUACGUCAUUGCCAUUGCUUGUUUAUUUACGAAGCAGAGGAAUUUAUGCACUUGGUACGGUUCGUGCCAAUAGACUUCCAAAUUGUAAGCUCUCAAAGGACAUCGAUGUAAAAAAUAAAGAACGGGGCUACGCCGAGGAAUUUGUAGGUACUGUUUUUGGAGUUGACAUAACGUCUGUACUGUGGAAAGACACACAAUGUGUACGACUUGUUUCCACGUAUGCUGGCGUUAAGCCUUUCUGCACUUCUACUGAUACCUGUCAAUCCCCAAUAGUGACGCGCUUUGAUAGAAAGAAAAAAUAGUAUGUGGAUAUCGAUUGCCCAACCAUAGUCAAAGAGUACAAUCGGCAUAUGGGUGGCGUCGAUUUAAUGGAUGGCCUAAUAGGACGCUAUCAUAUCCGUCUUAAAACCAAAAA